GCUUGUGCAACUGAAGCUAGACGAGGUGUUAUAAGGAGACUCGCUGGGGAGCUUCACCUAAUAGUCCUGAAGAUGGCCAUCAUAUAAACUAUCAAGAGACUCUUCAUUUAUAUCUGGAAGGAUGGCGCUUCAGAUGUUGGUGGCCGUCCUCCUAUGGGCUGCAUUAUGUGCUGAUCCAGAUCUAGGGGAACAAGUUUCCGACAUAACAUUCUUCUGUGGAAUAUAUCCCAUACUCACUGAGAUGAUUGACAUUAGGGAUAUGUCAUCUACUCAAUUAGUCUACGACUGUUUGGCCAUCAAUUUCCAUUUUCACGGGAAGAUGUCUUUCUUGAUCACAGCGCUAAGAGUCCCUUCCACGGAAGUGGAACAGCCACAAGUUUGUCCUCUAGCGCAUUCGUACUUUAACUUUGCUGCCAAAAUAUCCGAACCCUGCUACGAGAAUAUUACUCUCGUUUGGGACGAGCUUUGGAGGGAAACACACGGAGGCCGUGACGUGAAAAAACUGUAUACUGUCACCAAUGGGACUCUGAACGAGUGGGGCGGAAAACAAGAAUGUUACACUGGCAACUUCUCCCGUGAGGCAUGUUAUGUUCUGCCUCCCAUUUUCUUUUACUGUGAUCCAGUUAUGAUGUGGGUAUAUGUCAAGCCCGAUUCUGGUCCCAUGUUGGAGGACAACUUUUACACUCUUUUUUGUAACAUUACCGUGCUGAGCCCUGUGCGAAACCUGACCAUCAGAUGGCUGGAAGGCGGCGGAAUCAUAAACAUUCAUAACUCAGUGACCUCGCAGGAAUUCUCAUAUCCCUUGGUCAUCAGGAUGAAAAGAGAAUCAACGUACACUUGCCAGGCUGAGUACAUCCUGACCAAUAAUGUCACCCAGCAGGAAGCUUCCUUGAAGGUCACGAGUGAAUUCCCCGACAGCAGUCCAGUCCCCGACAGCAGACCAGUCCUUGUGCCAGUCGUUAUAAUUUGUGUGUUGACAUUGUUUGCAGUCCUCGCCCUGAUCUUUAUUUGUAUCGGCAGGAAAAGAAGAGGUCAGUACUGUUUCAAGGUCCAAAGUGACAAUAUCGCUCUCGGAAACAUUCUUGGUGGGAACAAGCUUGCAACAUAGAUGAUUCAGACCUUUGACUCAUUCAAUAAUGUGGCUCGAUUUAACUUUUGAGCCUCCCAAUAACGCUCAGUGUGCUGAGGAUUACAGGAGGGGUGGGACAGGGCGAGCUGGAUAUUAUUCAGUAAACUUGGAAGUCAUUGGCAAAGCAUUGUUUUAACAACAAUCUCUUACAGGUUU